UUAAUGAAAAACUUGAAGGGUGUGUAAAUUUAUAACUGAAUCUUCAAAGUGGUGUUAAAAAUGUUGACCAGUGGCUUUUUAAUUAUCUACUGACAAAAAAACCUGCAAAGUGACUACUCGUUCGAAUCUGGAAGUUGGACUUAUUCACAAAAAUGUCGUCACGUGAUGGGAGAAAAGGAUAUGAAAAAAAUAAAUCUCUAAAUAAAGAUCGAGUUAUUAUAAAUGUCGGAGGACAAAGACAUGAAUGCUACAUUAGCACCAUUCAAAAUUUUCCGGAUACGAGAUUGUUUUGGAUAGCCGAGACAGCAACAGCAAUGAGUGAUUAUAACAUGCAACCCAAUGAAUUUUUUUUUGAUAGACAUGCUGGUUGCUUUGAAAAUAUUUUAAACUACUGUCGUACAGGCAAACUACAUUGCCCAAAUGAUGUAUGUGGUCCGCUGUUUGAAGAGGAACUUGCUUUUUGGGGAAUUGAUGAGUUAAAUAUGCAACCAUGUUGCUGGGCAACAUACAGUCAAUACCGUGACGUGAGCGAAAACUUGAAAUUUAUUAACGAAGGUAACAAGAAUAUAACCGAAAAAGUGAAGUUUAGCAAUAAAGGAGGAAAUUUUUGUCACCAAGGUUUUUUAAAAAGCAUAUUCAAUACAAUUUGGAAGUUUUUAGAAGUUCCACAAAAAAACUUUUUGACAAAGGCAAUAGCUUCAAUCCACAUAUUUAUUGUGUUGUUAUCCAUUGCAACAUUUUGCUUAGAAACCGACGAAACAUUUAACAAAAGUAAAACAAUGUUUAACAACUUUGAAAAGGGUUAUUGCGUAAUCUUCACAUUUGACAUUGUUUUGCGUUUUUUAUGCUGCCCUUCAAUUAUCGAACAUCUCAAAGAUUUUUUAACUUGGAUAGAUAUUUUUUCUCUGCUACCUCUAUAUUUUGAUUUUUGGAUGGAGAGUAGUGGUAUAGGUUUUUUAAAAUCGUUACGUUUAUUACGUAUAUUUCGACUUCUCCGCUUCUUUAGAAACUUAAGAAGUAUGUUGGUUUUUGCUGAAACUUUAAAAGCAAGCAUGGAGCAGCUUAUGCUGUUAGUGCUAGUUUUGUUUAUUCCAAUGGUGGUGUUUGCAACGCUGGCAUACUACGCUGAAAAAGAUACAGUUAACUCAAAUUUCAAAAGUAUACCUCGCUCAUUUUGGUGGGCAAUAAUAACCCUUAGUACUGUUGGUUACGGUGAUAUAUCCCCUACAACAGUUGUUGGGAAAUUAAUUGGUGCAAUAUGCGCAGCAUUUGGCAUACUUAUGGUUGCUCUACCAAUAUCUGUCAUAGGGAACAACUAUUCUUUUUAUUAUUCCUACGCCAAAUCAAGCAUGAAAUUGCCAAAACAGGAAUGUAGAAAAUUGAUUGACGCAGAUCGUAUUUUGAGGAGAAGAUCCAAUGCAGUUUCAUCAAUGGAGGUUACUUCAACUGACUCAGUAACCAACAGUAAUAGCGAUUCUGGUUUAUGUAAAAGCCGCCGAUAUGCUCUUAGAUAUGUUCCAUCCCUAGAAAUGGUUCGUAAAUCUAGCGUCAGUACAGUACACAACGACUCUACUAAAUCUUACAGUUCAUCAAAACAAACAUUGAAAAUCGAUAAUUUUAAUAGGACUAACGGUGAAAUAUUUCCAGCUGAAAAUAACAAUGAAAUUGGAAUGCAUGAUAAAGAAACCAUCAAAAGUUUGGAAAUACACUCAGAAAAAACAAACACUAAAUUGCUGGACACUACGGUUGUUCAAAAAACCUCUUCGAUAAAAGAUUUGAAAUUCUUUAAGUCUAAAAAAUCUACUCAAAGAACGUUGAGCUGUGUUGAACGAGCUGUUAUAAGAAAACGUUCGCUAAGUAACUUCUCGCGCAGCUUGCAAGAACAUAAAGUAGUCAAGAAAUCUUUGAGCUCCAAAUACAGUUUUCCAUUAUCGCAAGAAUUAAAACUGAAGCAAGAACUUGAGAAUAAAAAAAAUCAAGAUAAAAAAAUAAUUCAUCUUAACAUGCCACAAUACAAACGGAGAAGAUUGAGUAAUCAGGAUCGAGAAGAAAUCUGCCGUAAAAUAAAUUCUUCCGCUUAUAUAAAAAAGGAACUAAACGAACAAGAGUAUCGCAAAAUGUCUUUAGUCAAGCAAGAUUUGGGUCAAAAUGAAGUUGUUGCUUGGUUUGAUUUUUUCAAACAGAAUAAUGAAGAAAUGUUUAAAAUAGAUAUUUCUUAAAAAAAUAUUUUAUUUAUAGAGGUAUGACGGAAAAUUGUUGUAAAAAAUGCAAAUUCCAAAGCAUAGACGAUGAUAAAAUUAACACGCAUAAA